CAGACCACUCGAGAGCUGUGUCAGAGAAGGGCUCCUCGUCCAUUUCGUGCAGUAGUGUUCCCACCAGACAAACGUCACGGAACGACACGAAACGUCAUGGCGGUAUCGUGGCCAUCUCUGGUCGCCACCAUGGCGGUGCUCACUAUAGCUCACGCAGCCACGCAAUUUGGAAAACCUAACCAGAACACAGGAUUUACAAGGCCACCUGUGACGCAGGCAGUCUACGUCAAUACCAUACCGGAAUUCAUAGAAGCACGAAAAUUCCCAGAGAUCUCUUGUAUACGAACCUUCGACAUGAGCGGCCGGAGAGACCAGCUGCUGGACACGCCACUGAAGAGGGCAAACUUCCUUUCAGGCUUGAGGGGCGACAAGUUGACAGUUUUCGGGCAGAUCACUGGGAAUCCUGAAUGCGACGUCUCCAUCUACACACCUGAGCACAUGCACAGAGCCCUGGACUAUCUGGUCCACGAGAUGGACGCUACAGAACGCGACAUUUUUUUCACUGCACCCCUCACACUGCCUACGAUGAACCCAGGAGACAUUGCACGCGCCAUUCAGAAGUGGACCCCUCUGAUUCAGCUGCUGAAGAAUAGAGACUUCCUGAUCGAGUCAAAUAACGUGAUCCCCAUCGACAUGUUCGGCGUGAUGUGCGACAAUCUGCUGGUGAACAGGAGCACUCUGCUCGAGACUCUGCUCCUGAAUGACAGACUGCCGGACUGCUCGUCCUUGCUGAUCACAGAGAGACACGUCGACAAUAACACGGGCGUCUUUCCUGACGUGGGCAGAGGCAAAGCUUUCUACGCCAAGCUCCGGCAGACCACCCCAGACUGGGACCUCUACAUGCUACGCUUCUGUCCUGAGGCCCUGACUCCGGGAGACAUUGACAGAAUCCAGUCUCAGAACUUUUUUGAUCCUCAACAACUGGACGUGAUCUCUGGCGAGAGAGAGCUCUUCUGGCGUCUGCCAGGAAAGGUCAAGGACAGAAUCCUGGACAAGCUGACGCAGUCUUACGGCCCUUUCCUUUCCUGGAGCCCGGACCUCAUAGAGAAGAUGAGUCACUACGUAUUCAUGACAGCCCCGGGAGACAUCCUCAACCUGGCUCCUAUUCAGACCUUCUUCGAGAUAGAAGUCCCCUCUGAUGAAGAGCUGGAGGAAACACCGGAAGUGAAAUCUUUCUUCCGGUCCGUGGCCUGGCAAGCUGCCGAUUACCUCAACGACCCCGCCAACCUGGCAACCUUCAUGUCCUUGAAUAUAACGGUCAAGUCCAA